AUGGCUGCAGUCGCUGCCAUGAGCUCUUCCCCUCGCUCCUCCAUGCGCAAUGGCUUCUCGUCGCACCCUGCUGCCCGCAUCGUCAUCCUUGCCCUCUUUCACGCCUGCGCGCCUAUGGUCAAGGCCCUGCCCUUGGGCGGUAUGAUGACGGCCCUUGCCGACCACGACGUGCCCAAGUCGGCCGAUGAUGCGAGUCUUUGGCUGUACCUGGGUGUUGCUAUUCUGCUGGUCCUGGGCGGGGGUGUCUUUGCUGGUCUCACCAUUGCAUUGAUGGGCCAGGAUGAGAUCUACCUCCAGGUGCUCGCGCAUUCGGGCGACGUUCACGAGCGCAGAAAUGCCAAAAAGGUGCUCAAGCUGCUGCAGCGAGGCAAACAUUGGGUCCUCGUCACACUCCUCCUGAGCAACGUCAUCACCAACGAAACGCUCCCCAUUGUGCUCGACAGGUCCCUCGGUGGUGGUUGGCCUGCCGUUGUUAGUUCCACGGUACUCAUUGUCAUCUUCGGCGAGGUCGUCCCCCAAUCCAUAUGCGUUCGCUACGGUCUGCCCAUUGGCGCCUUCAUGGCCCCCAUUGUCCUCGCUCUCAUGUACAUCAUGGGCAUUGCCGCCUGGCCCACGGCCAAGCUCCUCGACUACCUUCUCGGCGAAGACCACGGCACCGUCUACAAAAAGUCUGGCCUCAAGACCCUCGUCAACCUCCACCAGUCGCUUGGCCUCGAACACGAGCGCCUCAACGAGGAUGAAGUCACCAUCAUCACCGCCGUGCUGGACCUCAAGGCCAAAGCAGUGGGAAACAUCAUGACGCCCAUGAAGGACGUCUUCACCAUGUCCUCGGAUACCGUCUUGGACGAGAAGAUGAUGGAUAAUAUUCUUUCGGCUGGUUACUCGCGCAUCCCUAUCCACACGCCUGAGAAUAAAAACAACUUUGUCGGUAUGCUGCUCGUCAAGAUGCUCAUCACCUACGACCCAGAGGACGCCCUGCAUGUGCGCGACUUUGCGCUGGCUACUCUCCCCGAAACCCGUCCCGAGACCAGCUGUCUGGACAUUCUCAACUUCUUCCAGGAGGGCAAGUCGCACAUGGUGCUUGUCUCGGAGUUUCCUGCCGAGGCCCGUGGCGCUGUCGGUGUUGUGACUUUGGAAGAUGUAAUCGAGGAGUUGAUCGGAGAGGAAAUCAUUGACGAGUCCGACGUCUUCAUCGAUGUCCACAAGGCCAUCCGCCGCAUGGCACCCGCCCCUCGCGCUCGCGUUCCCCGUGGUAGGGUCAUUACCGACCCUGUUCGAAAACUGUCGGAUGCAGCGCUCGUCACGGUAGAAAUUGGCGCAGAGGAACAGAAUGGCAAGACGGUAAAUCGCAAAUCAUCUUUGCCAGAGGUGUCGGAUGCGCUUUUGAAACCUGCCAUUGUGUUACGUCGUCGUAGCAGUGGUAGCAAGGGCACCAUGGAACCUCUGCGCAGCGACGACCCCGAAGUCAUGCAACACCUCCGCCAUCUCGGGCCUUCCAAUGCCGCCAAUAGACCCAAGUCAACCCGCAUCAACACGGUCAAGAUCAAACCAGGUGGACAAACACCCGACAUUCCCAACACGAUACCCGAGAAUUCUCAGCCGGCUCCCGGAACGGCAUCUUCGCCCGACUCACACGCACCGCAAGGUGGCGUAGGAGAAGGUCUUCUCUCAUCCGCGGGCCGCGAGGCGAGCGAUGGUGUACAUAGUGUAGCAGUGGGCUACGGUACCAUGGCCCCCAACAGUGAUCGCAUGUCCUGGAAGUCUGGUCGUUCAGGGCUAAGAGAGGCAGAAGACGAGCCCAUAUCUCCUAAAGGCGAUUCGCAAGCCAACAAUGAUGACACACAUCUCAAUGUUGACCAUCACUCCUCCUCACAACCCUCGCACUCUCGUGAACGCUCCCGCUCCGUCAGUACCAUCGCUUCCUUGCGCUCCGCCAAAUCACCGCCUCACAGUCCGCUUACAAAACGUCACACCGCGCGCAGUGGUAGUAUCUCGGAGAACGUGGUGGACGUGAACGGCAUCAAGAAGAUUGUCCUCGAGACGACCAGUUCUAGUGAUUCAGAAGACAAACAGACAGGUGGCCGGGCGGAUGGGGCAGAAGACAUGUGCCACUGGCAGCAUUCCGAAGCCGAAUCGUCGAAUGUGGGUGGCGACAAGGGGGGAGGUGGCAAGAAGAAGAGGAAGAAGCGAGGUAAGAAGAAGAAGGGUGGCAAAGAGGAUGGUGCAGAGAGCCAGCCACUAUUAGGAAAUCGCUGA